CACUCUUUAACUCAGAACACACAACCUGCAGACACUCACGUCUCUUCUGCCUCUGAACCAGAACCGAUACCAGCGGUGGAGUUUGACUCGAGCUCCUCGGACCUUUAAACUUGUGUCCCCCUGCAGGACGUGGUCUCUCUCCGGUCCAGCUGACACCGGCUCCCGCUGCCUCCCGCCCCGCCAUGGGCUCCGUGCUGCCCGGCUCCUCGCUGGGCCUGAAGCCGGGCUUCAAGCCGCAGCAGCCGCUGUCCCUCGCGGACAUCAUCACGUCGGACAUCCUGCACAGCUUCCUGUACGGCCGCUGGAGGCACGUGCUGGGCGAGCAGCACCACCAGCACCAGCAUCACCUGCAGCACGAGGACCGCACCGCCCCGAGCGCGAGCCCCAAGACCGCCUUCACCGCCGAGGUGCUCGCCCAGUCCUUCUCCGGAGAGGUGCAGAAGUUGUCCAGUCUGGUUCUGCCCAGCGAGGUGAUCAUCGCUCAGAGCUCCGUCCCAGGUGAAGGUUUGGGGAUUUUCUCGAAGACGUGGAUCAAAGCAGGAACAGAGAUGGGUCCGUUCACCGGCCGCCUCAUCUCACCUGAACACAUCGACCUGUACAAGAACAACAACCUGAUGUGGGAGGUAUUUAACGAGGAUGGGACCGUCAGGUAUUUCAUCGAUGCCAGUCAGGAGGACCAGAGGAGCUGGAUGACGUAUAUCAAGUGUGCGAGGAACGAGCAGGAGCAGAACCUGGAGGUGGUUCAGAUCGGCAGCAGCAUCUUCUACAAGGCUGUGGAGACGAUCCCUCCGGACCAGGAGCUGCUGGUCUGGUACGGAAACUCUCACAACACCUUCCUGGGAAUCCCUGGAAUUCCUGGAGGAGACGAGGAGCUCAGCAAGAAGAGCAAGAGCGAUGAGUUCCACACCUGUGAAGGCUCCUCUUCCUCCUCCUCUUCCUCUUCCUCCUCCUCCUCCUCCUCCACCUCCUCCAGUGUGGGGCGGAUGCGUUGCGUCAUCUGUCACCGUGGGUUCAACUCCCGCAGCAACCUGCGCUCACACAUGCGCAUCCACACGCUGGACAAACCGUUCGUCUGCCGUUUCUGCAACCGCCGCUUCAGCCAGUCGUCCACGCUGAGGAACCACGUCCGGCUGCACACCGGCGAGCGGCCCUACAAGUGCCACGUCUGCCAGUCUGCGUACUCGCAGCUCGCCGGCCUGCGGGCGCACCAGAAGAGCGCCAGGCACCGGCCCACCGGGGACGGCGGGGCGGCGGUAGGGAGUGUGGUGGUCCACGCCGCUCACUCACCUCCUCCUCACCCGCCACAGCUGACCGCCAUGCCUCACCCAGCGUCACUGGUCCAUCACAUCCCCACCAUGGUGCUGUGAUGAGACACACACACACACAGAUAAACACACACACACACACACAGAUAAACACACAGACACACACACACACACACACACAGAUAAACACACACACACACACACACACACACAGAUAAACACACACACACACAGAUAAACACACACACACACACACACACAGAUAAACACACACACACACACACACACACACACAGGUGAACAUGUAGAGUUGACCCAGGCAGCCUGAUGACCUUUGACCUGUUGAGCUGCAGACUCCAUUUAUGUCUCCGUCCAGCUCGUCUGCUGUGACUUCUCUCCUGAAAGCAGCUUCCGAACCACAGAUCGGACCGGGCCGAGCUCCUAUCAGCAACCAUCCUCCGUGAUUAAAACUCGGUUUACUUUGUCGUUAAUAUAAAUGUAGGACUUCACUGUUGGGCUGCCUGGGUCAUCAUUCACAAAGAGAACCAGACAGAGAGUUUACAAAGACAUCGGAUCAGAACCCGACUGGACACAGGACGCUUGUAUUAUAUGCAUGAUGACACACACACACACACACACACACACACACACACACACACACACACAGAUUAAAGGAGACAUCAGAUGAGCUCCGAUGAUAGCUCAUAAAACAGUUGCAUGAUGGGAAAGUGUUCUCAGUAUAUCUUCAGGUGAUGAUGUCGUGCUUUGGUUGCAUGUUCUCAGUCGUUGUGUGUGUGUUGAAAACUAGGAGGCGCUACAGUCGCAGCACUGAGCUGCUGCAGAGGACACUGAGGCUCUGUGGAUCGUCCUGUUGGUCAGCUCCACACAUGCUAACAGGUUAGCAACACUUAGCAGAAACUGUACAGAGAAGUAACACUGAGCACCAACAUUAGCUUGACUGGUGGAAGACAUGAUGCUAUAACUUACUGUGGUGAGAAGGUGUUCUGUAAUCAUGUGAUAAAACAUCUUCUGGGACUUUAGCGGCAUGCUGCUAACAUGUUAGCAUGCUGCUAACAUGUUAGCAGGAGGAGGUGACCUCGUCACUUCAGCUCGACUGACCGAACAGGAAUUCUACUGAAAUCUCUGCAGAUUCCUUUAAAGAAGCGCCUCACUUAUUAAAAUAGGCAGAGCCUGAAAUGUUAAAUAUUUAAUUAUUAUUCUAAUUAUUAUGUUUAUGUCUGUUGUUCUUAAGCUAAGUGUUGAGACCCAAAUUGGGUCUCAGGCAGGUUCAGUUGAUGCCUGUUAGAAAAUAUAAGAAUGUUAAAGUCUAAUCUCUGUAAAUGAUUUGUGUGUUUCCCUCCAGCUUGUUUGUGUAUAAAGAUGUUAAAUAAUCAUAAAGUAACGAGGCCGAACGAGAGCGACGCU